CCUCCCGCGAGCUGCACCUGCGUGGAUCCAAUUCCUCUGACCCUGCAGUGAGAGACCAUGCAGGCGGCGGCGGCGGCGAAUGGCGGGGGUGACGUGCAGAAGCAGCAGCAGCAGCCGCAGCCGGUGGUGGGGGCGCCGCCUCCGCCGCCGUCAGCGGUGGUGCCGCCCCAUUGGGUGGCCAUGCCGUUCGCGCCGCCACCCGGGGCCGCGGCCAUGGUGAUGCCACACCAGAUGGCGGCGGCGCACUUCGUGCCGUUCCACGCUAUCGCGCCGCCGCCGCGGGCGGCGCCCGUGGCGGCGGUCGCCCUGGGCUCCCCCGCCGCGCAAGCCGGGCAGGAGGAGAACAAGACCAUCUGGGUCGGCGACCUCCAUUACUGGAUGGACGAGAAUUACCUCCACAGCUGCUUCGGCUACACCGGCGAGGUUGUGGCGAUUAAAGUUAUUCGUAAUAAGCAGACUGGACAGUCGGAAGGAUAUGGAUUUGUAGAGUUCUACAGUCACAUUGCAGCUGAAAAAGUACUUGAAGGCUUUUCUUGUCACAUAAUGCCAAAUACUGAUCAGCCUUUUAGGUUAAAUUGGGCAUCAUUUAGCAUGGGGGAUAGGCGUUCGGAUGUUGCUUCAGAUCAUUCCAUAUUUGUAGGCGAUCUUGCUUCUGAUGUCAAUGAUGCCACAUUACUGGAGACUUUCUCCAGCAGGUACUCCUCUGUCAAAGGUGCAAAAGUUGUUAUUGAUGCUAAUACUGGUAGAUCGAAGGGCUAUGGUUUUGUGAGAUUUGGAGAUGAUAAUGAUAAGACACAUGCCAUGACUGAGAUGAAUGGUGUGUAUUGCUCUACUAGGCCCAUGAGAAUUGGCCCUGCAACUCCCAGAAAAUCCUCAGGUACUUCUGGAUCAAAUGGUUCAUCUGCUCGAUCAGAUGGAGAUUUGACAAACACAACUGUAUUUGUCGGCGGGCUCGACCCAAAUGUUAGCGAAGAGGACCUUAGGCAAACCUUCUCCCAGUACGGAGAAAUUUCCUCUGUAAAGAUUCCUGUCGGGAAACAAUGCGGCUUUGUGCAGUUUGCUCAGAGAAAGAACGCCGAAGACGCAUUGCAAGGACUAAAUGGAAGCACAAUUGGCAAACAGACCGUGCGUCUUUCUUGGGGUCGCAAUCCAGCAAACAAGCAGUUUAGGGGCGACAACGGCAGUCAGUGGAACAACGGGAUGUACUACGCAGCUUCCCCGUUCUACAACGGCUACGGCUACCCUGCGGCGCCGUUCCCUGACCCGGGCAUGUACGCUGCUGCUGCCUACGGCGCCUACCCGUUCUACGGCAACCAGCAGCAAGUGAGCUGAACUGAACUGCUGCCACACCUCACUCGAAACUGGAGUCUGGAGGUAUUAGACUAUUAGUAGGUGUAGCUCUUGGUAGAAGAAGAGGAAGGUAGAUGUCGGUUUCUUAGGUGAGCUAGAUGCAGUGACUGGUCAUGUAAAGCGCAUUAAUAUACACGAGCUAGCGCCACCGAGAGUCCGAGACACCUAUUGGCUGGCCACGGUCUGUCGGAUUCCCAACCCCCCCAAAAAAAGAAUUUUUGACCUGGAGCUGCGACCUUGAAGCAGAACAAUAAGCUAAUGAAAUCCUCGUGUUUGCUAUUCGA